CCUCCUCACCCUCAUCACGUCUGUGUACACUUCUCUUGAGACGUUUACCAACUUCAGCAGUCUUUGCUACAGUAGUAUAGCCGAUCACAGAACUGGAUAUUUUUCAAUAUUAUGGCAGAUAAAGGACCUAUCCUAACUUCAGUCAUCAUUUUCUACUUGUCCAUCGGAGCCGCGAUUUUUCAGAUCCUCGAGGAGCCGCAUUGGAAAUCAGCUCUGGACGAUUAUAAAAACCAAACGGACAAUAUAUUAAACAAAUAUCCCUGUUUAAGUGAGAAAGAUUUGGACGAAAUAAUUCAGGUUGUGGCUGAGGCAGCUGGAAGAGGCGUGGCCAUCACAGGAAAUAAAGAAUUCAACAACUGGAAAUGGGAGAAUGCUAUUAUUUUUGCAGCCACAGUUAUCACUACCAUAGGUUAUGGUAAUGUCGCUCCAAAGACAGGCGGCGGCCGUGUGUUCUGUAUCCUGUAUGGACUUUGUGGUAUUCCGCUGUGCCUCACAUGGAUAAGUGAGCUGGGCACAUUCUUUGGUGGGAGAUCAAAGCGCCUGAGUCAGGUGCUUCUCCAUAAAGGUCUGACUGUGAAAAAAGUUCAGUUCAUCUGUACAGCUAUAUUCCUUUUAUGGGGAUUUCUGGUUCACCUCAUCAUCCCGUCCUUUGUGUUCAUGGUCUAUGAGAAAUGGACUUACUUAGAAGGACUCUACUUCUCCUUUACCACCAUGACAACUGUUGGUUUUGGAGACUAUGUAACAGGUGUGAACCCAGAAGAAAACUACCCAGCACUCUACAGAUUCUUUGUGCAGCUGUGGAUUUUUCUGGGUCUGGCCUGGUUGUCUCUGUUCUUUAGCUGGAAUGUGCAUAUGGUGGUCGAAGCCCAUAAAGUCCUGAAGAAAAGGAGGUUGAAACGUCUCAAGAUUCCCAUGGAUGAUGUACCAAUAUCAAAAGAAAUAAAAAAAGCCCCAAAGCCACCACCUCUAUCUGGAGUCAUUGACAUCUUUCAGUUCAUGUCUGAGAAGGUGGAGGACUACAGCGACGUCAUCCGAGCCAUUGGAGCGGAGGAGAUGCGGAAGAAGAAGAAGCAAGAAGAGGAACUGGCACGGUCCAAAAGCUGCAGUGACCUUCUGCAUGGCCUGGUGAUUCCUCUCGAUCAUUCUCCUCGUCUGAAACGGAGAUUCAGCGUCAGCGCCAACAUGUGCAUGGUCAUAUCUGGAGAGUCAACAGAAGGACUUAACAACAACCAAGAGGAUCAGGCACUACAAAAGGAGCCCCACGGAGAUCCUAAGGACCCCAAGCUUGUUGAGAACCUUGAACGCUGUGCAUGGGACUCCUGUCCAUCACUCUCUCAGGGUCCUGUCCAAAGCCCUACCAGUACCAUCAACAAUAGGGAUUCAAGGUUUUCAGUGUCCAAAAUAUCAGAAGACAACAUUUUAGGAAAGAGGAAAAGCAUUGGUUGAAGACGACAUUGAUCUAAAAGGUCUACAUUUUAAAAAUAAUUCCUUAUCAAAGUUAUUCAGAUCUGUUUAAAUAAUUCAUUUUGAAAGUCGAAGAUUACUAUGGUGGAGUUGAAUUACUGAAAGGGGUAAAGCUGAUGCUAUCAGUAGCACUUGAAGAACUAAGAGGACUCUAACUCUAAAAAAGGAAGACAUGCUACUAAUGCUACCUCUUCCUAACUAAAUAUGGCUGCAGUUUUAUGACACUCAAGUGAUUAUUGCUGUUUACAGUAUUGAAAAACGUUCAGGUAACACUCAGAGUAUUGAGACAAGUCUGUGACCAAGAUAAGGAUGUAGAGGGUUGGCAGAGGAAAUGAAAUGGAUUUCCUGCCACGCCUGGACCUUCACAAAUGACAUUGGAAUCUUUGGCUGUGCAUGGUUUCGAUCAUAGUCUUUUCUUUCUCUUGAUAAUUGUUACCAAAAUGUCUGCUUGGUCAAAAUCUGCCAAUGUUUGGAAUGGAAUACUAGCAUACUGCUUGCUGCAUACCUUGCAGAUCAUAAAAAAAAUGGUAUGUGAAAUGGUAUGUUUAAACAUUUCAAACAGUAGUCAGUUUGAGCCUGAUCAAAUAAUGGCUGGGAGAUGUUAAUACGUUUUCAUUGAUCAUCAUUCAAAUAAGUGAUAUCGCUAUCGGUUCAUCCUUCAUACUGGGAAUGGAAGGUCGAGAUGAGUGCAUUGCGGAAUAUAGGAUCCAGAGUAGUGUGUUGGGGUAUACAAAUGCACUGGUACAGUAUAAAGUGUACUUUAUUUAUACUGAACAUUUUGUUAAAUGUAGUAUGCCAUCCAUGUAUUCCAUGUCUGGGUAAUAUAUUAGCCAGUAUUUGGGGGAAGCAAAGAGAUGUGAAAAAAUGACCAAAAUAGUCCAGAUAUUUAUAAUGUGGAACCUGUAGUAAAUUCCUGUUUUUCUUUAUUUUUAUGCAUGUACAUUCACACUAAGCCAUUUUUUGUUUGAAAACUCUGUUGUCAGUUUCCUAAUGUCAUUGUUUUAUAAAGUGUGUGGUACUGGAGAGCAUUUACGAAACGCCCCUUUUUUAGUAGAGGAAACACCAUUCUUGUGUGAAUGAGAGGUGUAAAAAUAGCUAAAUUAAAAUUUGUAAUGGAAAAGGAUGCAAAAAAAUGUCCUACACCCUUAAAGAUAUUAAUGAAAUAAGUGUCCUGAGAUAUCUUUCUGUAGACUUUGUAGGCUUUUCACCUGUCAAUCAUUCUCAUACAUUUACAUUUAUGCAUUUGGCAGACGCUUAUAUUCAAAGCGACUUACAGAGCCCUUAUUACAGGGACAAUCCCCCUGGAGCAACCUGGAGUUAAGUGCCUUGCUCAAGGACACAAUGGUGGUGGGUGUGGGGCUCGAACCAGCAUUCCUCUGAUUACCAGAUUACCAGUUAUGUGCUUAGACCACUACACCACCACCACUCAUGAAGUGCUUGUUCUCAUAGUGUUGCAUUAAAAGCGAAUCAUUGAGGCUAUGAUUCAUAAUGUUUGUCAGUUGAGGGCACUAUUGUUCCACUGUUGAAUUUAACAGCCACAGGAACACACAAUGUUACUUAUUUGUUCGGUUUUGGUCUCAAAGUUAUCUUUGGGGGGCGGAGUUUUGGAAUGAGGGAGCGUGGCUAAUUCAACAGCUCAGUCAAGUGAAGGCUUCGAACGCUAAAAUCGCUUGCAGCACCUUUAAUGUGUAUUCAAAUGGAAGUGUACUAGUGCAUGGCUUCAAAUGUUAUCAAAUUUUAUUUUAGGCUUCUAUAUCUUUUGGGUUUAGAUACCAUAUAGUGACCAUUUCAAUUAUAAAGGUUACAUUUUGUAUUCCUUAAAAUCAAUUCCAUGGUGCCCUAUAAAAAAAGUUAAUUUCCGACACGGUUUCAGACAUAUACAUUUGCAUACAUUACCAUGCACAGUAUACGUCCUGCUAACACUGUAACCGGUGUAUUUGUUGAGUAGGCUUCAUUUGCCAUACGGAGAUAGCAACUUCUCAGGCUUCCACAAAAUUGCCAACCUAUGAAAGAUUUGAUUAUUGAUGUUCUGUCAUGGGAUCCUGACAGAUUAUGGACUUUUACUUAUUAUUAUUAUUUUGCCUUUUUAUAUUUUUGUUACUAUUUCUUGUAUGCCAGUUUUGAUAUUAAAAAGUAUUUUUCCACAUUGUCUCUAUCUGCUGUUACCAGACUCUUAGUUGAUAAGCCUCAUCCUGUCUGAAGGCAGGAGUGAGGA